AAUACAUGCAAGAUCAUUUUAUAAACAUGUUAAUCCUAAUUUUUCGUGAAAAACCGUCAAUACUCAUUACUCAAUACCUACGAUAAUAUUAAGUAUUUUUUAUGAAAAAUUACAAUAGUAAUACAAUAUAUUUUGGAUAUCAUUGAAUAUUCAUUAUUUAAGUCAAUAUCAUUAUAAUAUUGUUAUUUUGUUGAGAAAUUAAAAAUUCUUAGAUUAAAAAUAAUGUUUAAAUUUAGUAAUGCUUUAUAGCAACACAAGUAGAUACCAAGCUUUAAUUAUUGCUUGAAACAUAAUGAAUGAAAUGGAAGAACGAAAAUGGUUAAAAAAAAAAGAAAAAGCAUUGUUGGAAAAUAAUUUUGAAAAUCUUUAUUAUGCUUGUAAAGAAUUGGCUGACAUUUAUGUUAACCAAGAAGAUUAUCAACAAGCAUUGAAUCAGUAUGAACAGUGUGAAGAAGCAGCUAAUCGCUGUGGUGAUGAAACACGUUUGGGUGUUGCAAAUCGAAUGAUUGGUGAAAUGUAUUGUUAUCUAAGUGAUUUUAAAAAUGCUAUUAAACAUCAGAAACUUCAUCUUAAAAUUUCUAAUUCUAAAAAUGAUAUAGUUGAACAGCAAAGGGCAUUAGCCACAUUAGGUCGUACUUAUUUUUUAUGCUCUGAAACAUUUGAUACCAAUGAGCAUAAAAAAUCAGAAGCACUAAGUACAUCUGUUAAAUAUUAUCUAAAAAGUUUAGAAGUAUGUAAUAAACUAGGUAAAGAAGUUGGCACAAAAACUUUAUCUGAGAUGAAAGCAAGGCUUUACCUUAAUUUAAGUCUUUGUGAAGAGUCAUCUAAUGAAUUGAAUAAAUCAAUGGACUAUAUAAAUAAAGCAAUGAAAUUAUGUACUGAUGCAGAUUUGAACGAAGAAUUAUGCAAGUGUUAUUCUAUAAAGAGUACUUUAUAUUCUAAGCUAGACAAUUUUUCAAAAGCAAUUGCUUGUGUUGAUCAAGGUCUUCAAAUUGCAUCUAGACUUUCAAAUAAAAAGUAUAUUGGAACAGAACUUUUAUGCCUUAAAGCUGAACUUUUAAUAGACAUAAAUGACUACCAGACUGCUAAGCGUGCAAUGAUAAAAGCAUACAAACUAAAAGUGCCUAUUAAAAAUGAAUUUGAAGAAGUAAUAAAAAAACUAAAAAUAAUUGUUGUCAUGUGUCAAGUUGAAAACAGUUUGCUAUUGGCGUCACAAAUAGAUUACGAGCAACGAAGACAAUUAAAUGAAAAACUGGGAGAUGCUUGCGUAGCACUAAAAAAAUAUUCUAAAGCAAUUACUUACUAUGAGAAAAUGUUGGAAAAUUCUGAACGUUGUGGUAUGACUGAUAAAAGUUUAAUACCUUGUUAUGUUUCACUAGCACAAACAUACAAAGAUAAUAAGCAAUACUACCAAGCAUUAGAAUAUUUUUAUAAAGAAUUGAAUCUUUAUAGUGAAAAUAGUAUUGAAGCUUGUAAAACUUUAUUAAAUAUUGCUGAUCUUAUGGAAUCUCAGUAUGAUCCGUUUGAUAAAAUUUUUUCAAUAUAUGAAAGAGCUCAACGUAUUGCAAAAAAAAAUAAUGAUGGAUACUUACAGCUAACAGCAGUUAAAGGAAUGAAGUGUUUAGCUGAAGACAGAAAUAAAUCAGAAUUAGUCAAUGACUUGAAAAAUGAACUAAAUAAUCUGCUUAAGUAUGAAACUGAUUCAGCAGAAGAUGAGUAUGAUGUUCCAGAUAUCUGGGAUGAUGUAUCACUAAAAGACCUUUCUGAUAUUGAUGAAGACGAAGAUGAUAAAAAAAGAAAGAGGCAUAAACAGACUACAAUACCAGAAAAGAAAAAUGAAAAAGGAGAAACUCCUAUCAUACCUGCAUGUGCUAAGGGUAAUGUUAAAUUAGUUUUAAGUUUAUUAAAACAAGGUCAUUCAGUAAAUGCAGGUGACGCUUUAGGAUGGACAGCUUUACACGAAGCUAGUAAUUAUGGAUAUGUUGAUAUUGUUAAUGUCCUUUUAGACCAUGGUGCUGAUAUUAAUAAUCGUGGGGGACCUUGUUGUGAAGGUAUUACACCUUUGCAUGAUGCUGCAGCGUGUGGUCACCUAGAAGUUAUAGAUUGUCUUUUAGAUAGAGGUGCAAAUCCUUUGGUUAGAACAAAUAAAGGAGAAACACCACUUGAUUCAUUGAUAGCUUGUCGUAACAGAGUAAUUUUAGAGGAAAAAAAGGAAUUAGAUUCAAAUAAAUUAGCUCAUUUUUGGUCAAUUGUAGAACGUCUUAGUGAAUGCUUACGAAAAGCUGGUCACACCCCACCUGUACCUUUGACUGAUGUAGAAGAAAUAUUAAAAAAUGGACAACAAUCCACUGAUAACUAUUUAGGAAUAAUACCUGAUAGUCAUAAGAGAUCAAGAAAACCGUAUAAAGAUAUUGAGGAUUUUGACAGAUUAGAGAGAAAAGAGAAAAAUAUUGAAUUUGAAGAUGUCUAUACGUCUGGUGCUGCAGAAGACUAUAAACAAACCAUUAGUCAGUUAAAAAAUCACAACAAGAGACGCCGAGAAAGUGAAAUACAGUAUGAAGUAUCAAAGCCGCCAUUGGUUGAAAAUUCAGCCGAUGAAUGGUUAGAAGAAGAUAUAAUUAUUAAGCCAAAAAAAAGAUAUUGUACUGAUACAAUUAAGAAUGAUUAUUCACCGAUGAAAGAAAUCAAUUUUGAAGAUAAAGACAAUUGGGUUAAUGAUGAAAAAUUUCCUGAUGUUUCUUCGGAUGUUGAGUCAGAUAAAGAAGUUCAAUGUUUUACACCAGAUUCUGAUGAAGACUUUGAUAAUAUUACUGUUAUUUUAGAUAAACAAAAAGAUUUAGUUAAAAAUAAGUAUAAGCCUCUAAUGCUAUCCACAAGUAAAAAAAAAUAUCAAAGUAAAUUAGAAAAUCAAGGAUUUUUAAAUAUAAAAAAUAUUUCACAGGAAAUUGAUGAACCAGCUCCAAUAUUUCAACAUGUGAAGAGAGAUGACACUUUGAGAAACAUUAAUCGUACAAUUAAGGUAAGGAUCGAGAAUAGAUUAUUCCUUGUACCAAUACCUGCAAGUGAGGAAAACAUUAAUUUAAAAUGGCUAUCUACUGAAGCUUCAAGGCGUUAUCAAAAACUUGAAGGUGUGAAUCCUAUUUUAAAUUUGACUACAGAUGAUGGAGCUUUAUUGGAUGAAAAUGAUCCUAUUGAUUUAGUUUAUGGGUUACAAGAAGUUUUGGGAAACAUUGUUGGAUGGAGUACAGAGACUCUGAUUGAAACUUAUAAAAAAUUAUGUGUGGAAUCAAAUACUACUUUCAAUGAACCCAUAUUUCAAUUUUUAGAUGUUCUACAGGCAACUGGAACUUUGGACAUGUCAGAUUAUGUAAUGAUGCCUAAUGUUUUAAAUAUAACACUGAAUGUGGUAUGCCAUUAUCAUAAUUUACAACUAUUGUGCUUGUCAGGCGUGGCUCUUGAAGAUAACGGAAUGAAAAUGUUAUCGGAAUACAUAUCUAAUUUACAGAGGUUAAUCAAACUAGAUAUAAGUUGCAAUAAUAUUAGUUCUAUAGGUAUAGGUUAUUGGACAAAUUCAAUAACUAAUAAUAAAUGGCUAAUUAAUCUAGAAUCUUUGAAUAUUAGUCAUAAUCCUAUUACUAAUGCAGGUCUAGCUCAUCUCCGUUUAAUUACUCAGCAUUCUACUAGUUUACGAUCUUUGUACAUUCGCGACAUAGAUAUUGACCACGAUUGUUAUGACUAUGCAUCAGAGCUUUACUUAGAUAAUAUUGAAGACUUGGACUUGAGUUUCAAUAUGUUAGGACGAACUGGAGUUUCAGGAUUUUUCAUACGACUGGACCCUAUGCGUUUAAAAUAUUUAAAUGUACGCAAUACGGGUUCAUCAAUGGUGCUACGAGAAUGCACGCUGUUUUUGGAGCGUAGUCAAGCGGAUUGCCUUCAUUCCAUAGAUUUAUCCAGUCUUGAUCUUGAAGAUGAAGACUUGGAUUUAUUGUGUAAUUGUUUGGAAUCUGCUGGAAAUUUACGGCAUAUAUGGCUAGCUGACAACCCAAAGGUUACUCAAAUGUGCAUAGACAGAAUCAAACAUUUAAGUGUCAAAUUUGUUCAUAUGGCUGGCUGUAAACCAGUUGAUAUUUCACAAUUUGAUUCUAUCGAUCUAAAACAAAUGUCUAUAUCUGGAUAUGGUGAUUCAACUUUAUUUAAAAAUGCUCCGUACAAUGUAAAAGUGUCGCUGUGAUUAAACAUUAUUUUUUAUAAAUUAUUUAUAACUUAUUUUUGUUAAAAAUAUAAUAGAACUUACU